ACUCUCUGCUGCAGGUCAAGCCUCUAUCUGUGGGCACAAACACAACAACAGCAAAUGGGAAAUCUAAAUGCACUCCCACAGUUGCCCCAAAGACCACUCCGAUGGUGGACAGGAAUAAUUAUCCAGCUGAGCAAGGUGGGUGGUGGAAGCGGCGACGGCAUCCCUUCCAGUACCCUGCAGACGUCCCACCCAGGUUCUUACGUUCAUGGCUAUCCCAGCAACAGCAGCACCAGCACUUCCAACAGUACUGCAGCCUCAACAAACAGUGUGGUUUACAACAACAGUCACAGUAUCCACAGCAAGACAGCCAAGAACAAUGGACCAAUCAACCACAGGAAAAAAGCUCUGGAGGUUGGUACACAGAAGAGCCUUCAAGAGAUGGAAUACAACAAACAAAUGAAUCAGACACCAGAGAAGAACAGAAGGCCAGUUGGUGUCAACAGCAACCAACCUGUCCAAAUACCUGGGUGCCAUAUGGAAGUUUCAAGCAGCAACAGCAACAUUCAAAACAAUGUUGGUGGGACUGGAGACAGGAAUGGUCAACCACAAGUGAUGGCAGUCAGGAAGAGUGUGGGAUGGGGGUCCCAUAUGGGGCAUUCUGCCAUGUGCCCCCACCACAUGGGGGGUAUGACGCCCCUUCCUGGCAGUCCUGCACCUCGGCAGCCGCCCCACCUGUUAGUGUCCCCAUCAUGGAUGCCUUUAGCAUGGCCUUCGACUCCAACGCAAUCUCGUCCAGUCAACCCCAGGAACCCGUCGACCAACAUCAACAAAGCCAUGUGGUUGCCGCACCAGAGUCAUUCAUCCCACCACAGGUCUUUACCGUGUGUGGGAACCCAACUCCAGCAAUCUACCCAAGCUCCACAGUCUGGGAUAUGUCCCCAGGUAUCCGAGACAGUACCCACAUCACCCCAUACCAUCUCCUUAACAGUUCAGGCCAAGGAUACAGUUCCAUGCUCAACAACAGUGACCAGUUGCAGCAACAAGAGUUCAACUAUCACGUGCACCAACAGCAAGGUGAAGAGUCCUCUUGUCAGUCCACCUCAAGUGGCGAGUGGUUUUUCCACCCAGCACCUAGUUCCAUAUACUGGGAGUGGAGUCGAACAAACAACUUACAGGUAUAUGAACCAACAGCCACUGGUAAUGAUGCCAUAUUACCAGUAUGGGGAAACAGCAACACCGUAUUACCAAUGGGCAGCUCCGGUAAUGAUGCCGUGGCCUUUGACACCCACUCACUCCCCGGCACUACAUUCUACCCCAACCCAGACAUCAGCAGCAGUUGCAUCACCACUGACUAUGACUCACAGUUCUUGGAGCCCUGGGGGCAAUAUGUCCAGUCUUCAGAAUACAACCACUAAAUCAACAGUGGAGUCAAUGGGCUUCACAGAGAACAGUCCAUGUCCAGGGCCAAAAAGUGGUAGUCACACAUCAUCAACCAAGAUGGGUGUUCACUGUGGAAUCAGAGUGCAGACUCCAACUUGUCAUAUAAAUCCAUAUCCUUUAUCUGAGAAACUGUCAAGGCAGACACACCCUGAUUGCUACAAGGUAUCAAAUUCUUAUACCCCUUAUAAGUACCUAUCCACUCCUCAUGAAACGUGUGUGUCUCCUCGAAAAUUCCCCAAACUAGCUCUUGCAUCAAGUCCUCACCAGGCUGCUCCUGUCAGUAAGAGCUUUGGUUCUCACUCGGAGAUACGCGUGAAAGCAUUGCCACCUUUACAUGAUGAUGGCUAUUCAUCGAUGUCCAUGACCCCUCCUCCCACUCCUCUUACUGAAACAGAUAAUGUUGCUGUUGCUAAUAUAAAUGAAUCCUAAAGUACACAACACAAUAGCUACCCAUCUCGGCAAAGCAAGAAUUUGAUCAAAGACGAGGAUUUUGUUGUCGAAAUAGGCUCUUGGUCGAGAACACUUUCCAAGAUAUGAAACUGCACUUAUUUUUAGAAAAGGCAGCAAAGGUGGGCAUAAUAUGAUGGCAGAUGUUACCUUAACUAUGCAUAUUGUGUUCAUCAUUUUAAGUGUUUUCAAAAAUUCUUGGACUCUGGUUGUGUUGACAUUGUGAAAAAAAAACUGUGGCUCUUGUGAUUGUGCCAAAGUCUUCCCUCCCAACCCCUCUUUGUCCGUCUCAGCCACCCCGGUGCACCCUUGAUCUCCCUUUUAUGUUGAUACUCAGUCAUAAUACUAGAGCAGAAUUUUUUUUUUCCUUCUUUUUUUUUUGGCGCCUGUGCUCAGGCCACUUGGAGGCAUUUCUCAAUAAGUUUGCUCAUUUGCUACUUAAUGUGAUAAUCUCUGUUAGAAAGUUCCAACUUGCUCAGUAGCUGCUGAAAAGGAAAUACUAUACUGUAUCUGUCAAGUAACUGGAUAACUUUAAGGUUUUCAUUUUUUUGAGAAAUUAUUUAUGUUGUUAAGUAGCAAGUUGUUUGUCAAUAAUGCUCCUAGAACCAUCAGCUACAUUACCAGAGCACCAUACAGUAAUUAUAAAUACAGUAGAUCUUUGCUCUUGCACAAAGGUGACCAAAUACUAGCUAUUUAUACAUUAUUACAUUGUUUAAACAAAUUCGGCUUGAAGAUGUGGAAUACAAACCAGGAAAUUAAUCUCUCAUUUUCCCAUGUUUAAGGCAGGUAUUUGCAGGUACUCUUGGUGAUGGCAUUAAACAGGGAAAUUUGGUGGGGGAAAAAUGAAAUAAUUAAAAUGAGAUGAAAACAAUGUUGUUGUAUAUGCUAAGCAGGGUCAGUUUUCCUCUAGGUUAAAUUAUACGUUAUUAUUUGUUGUCACAAGCUUCCAGCACAUGAAAUGAAGAAUAUUCGUUUUAUCAGAGAGGUUGCUGGACCUGGGAGGGAAGCUACCACUGAGGCAGCAGAGUUGGUGUUGCUCGCCCCUUCAUGUGUUUGCAUACAGGAAAAUAUUUCAUAGAAUUUCCAGAAUUUUGUGAUUUGAUAAAAUUUCCCAAAUCUAAGAAUAAUAAUUGUGAAGUAAUUUGUGUUAUCUGCUUGAAAUAUGUUAGAAAGGUGUAUUAUUAUUAUUAUCACCACAGUAUAAGUGUUCAGUUUAUUAAAAAAAAUUCAUGUUUGAUUUAAAGGAAAUAAAUUUGUUAAUUUUUGUUUGACAGAUUUUGGGAGUUUUAUCUUGAUCUAUUCAGAUAUACAGUGGAUGACAAAGGAACCAAAGAUGUAUAUGAAAAUAAAUAGGAAUGUGAUUUUAUACGCUGAAAAAACAAUACUAAAUAUAAUUUGUAGAGAAUGUAGUUUCUCAAAUUUGCCUCCAAUUUUAAACUGAAAUUUUUUUGUGAAUUUGGUCCAGUGUCAGUACACAACAUUUUCCAACAUACUGUUAGGAUUAUUUUUUUUUUUUUGGUGUGUUGGCUUUUACUUAAGUUUUGUAGUAAAUUCAUUACUUUUGUGUUAAGUAAAGGGAGCUGCACUUAAUGAAAAGUGUAGACAGAUAGUGCAGGUAUCACUGUCUUUUAUGGAAAUUCAAUGUACCUUUACUCUUUUUGAAGACUCAUGAUAUAAUACAGACAAGAUGUGUACAGGAUGAUGAUGAAGAAAGGUUUUAAAUGUGCACUAUACAAUGCAUGGGAGCUUGGUGUGUAUCAUGCAUGCUGAUACAUACUGUACAAUGGCAACCUGUCUAUAGUAGUUAAAAUAUCACGUGCAUUAGUGUUACUUUCCCUCCCAUUAUGUUUUCAGUGCAAUAUUUUCUUUAUUUUAUGUAUGUUUUAAGCAGAGCUAUCAAAAUUUUUAUUUAUUUCUAUUUAUACUGUAAGCAUAUCAUUCUUUGAUAUUCCCUAUUGGUUGUGAGUCAGUGUAAGCUUCAGUGAUGCUUACUCUAAGUUAAGGUUGUGCUUGAAAGAAUCUGAAGUAUCCCUUAAGUUCUAUUGUUAUCAUGGAACAUCUCACUGGUGCUUGAUAAAUCAGUACUGGCAGUGUUAUGCUUUCUUACACCAGUUAGUUUGUAUGUUACUACUUAUUCACACAUUGUAUGGAGCUACAAUGCAUAUUAGGCAUUUUACCUAAUAAGUGUUAACAGUUGCACCUGUGAGGAACUGUGAACCUUGGUAUCCAGUGAUAGUGUAUUAACACCAAGUGAAGUUUUUGUUAUGGACCACUUGUAAUUACCGAGUACAGUAUGGUUCUUAAAUCUGGGGCAUUUGUACCUCGGAGCAGACACUGCCACAUGUUGUAAUUUUUUGUUAAUACAGUAUGUACUCUUAGACAGUGCAGUAAUUUACAGCACAAUGGGUCAUGGCAUAUGAUUGCUUUAAGCAACAAGAUUUACGAACUAGUGUUUCCAUAUGGUUCUAAGGUGUAUUUCAGAAUAUGGACCAGUGAUCUAGAUCCUUUCGGCAUGUUCUGUUGUAAGAAGUCAUUACACCUUGUGGGCUUUGCAUUUGAAAUUCCCAUCCAUUAGUGAUGUUAAAUUUUAGUUGGAUAAAUGUGGGAUAAAAGUAUGUGCUUGUGAAGCAAGAAAACUAGUCUAUUGUACUUCCUCGUGUGAGUAAAUCAAGUAAUAAGAA